AUGGUAGCCUUCCCGAUCAUGAGAUCCCCCUUGGCCCUACUACUCUCCCUCUCCAUCCUCCUCUCCACAAUCUUAGCCGCGGGUAAAUUUACACCCGAGAUCAUGCUAAGUCUUAAAAGACGACAAUACGCAGCUCCUAACCCUGAAGGGACUUUUGCUCUCUAUACCUCGACGCAGUGGGAUUUUAAGGCCAAUGCUGAUAGCUAUGUGUUGGGUGUUUAUAACUUGACGAACGGAACGACGGAGAAGGAUCGCACAUUGCUAUUUAGUAAUUCGAGCAGCAUUAGUAAUGCACUGUGGUUGGGAGAUGGGACGAUGUUUGUGUGGUUUGUGUGGGAGGAUGAUGGGUCGACGACUGUGAAGGUUGGGGAUGCGGUCAAACCGGAAGCGGAGUAAGUGACUCAUUUCAUGAAUUGCAUUCUGAAAUAUGUAGAUCUAUCAUUCAAGAAUUUUUCUUGGCACUUACAGAUCUCUGCUGACUUUUCAGACCCAUCACUGCGGGGAAAAUACCAGGCUUUGCCGAUGGCUUGAAGCUUGUAGAACUCAGUAAAGGAAACUACGCGGUUGCUUUCUUUGGCACAGCCGAUUCCGAUGGAAAGCUCGUCAACUUCUCAGCACAACAAACUCCCGCUUCGUCGGCACGAAUGUAUACCCAGAUCUUUGUUAGACACUGGGAUUCAUGUAGGUACCCCAAAAGAGAAAACAAAGACAAUCCACCAUUGGAAGUUCUGAUUGUAAGCAGAUGUCGCACCCCAGAAGAACAGCAUUUGGUAUACAACAUUGUCCAGUGAACCAUCAGGAUAUACUUUGGGUCAACCAAUCAAUGCUCUCAAUGGCACAGGACUCGAAUCUCCACUACCACCCUUCCCUGAUCCCAGCCAGUAUGUGGUUUCAUUUCUUCAUGCUUGAAUCAAGAGUCGAGACUAACAAUCCCCAGGUUCGAUAUCGGAAAGAAUGGGAUUGUCUUUACCGCCAAGGAACCAAAACUCCCUCAAGCAACGACUACAAAAUCUGACAUCUACUACAUCCCAUUAAAGACUUUUCAGGAAUCUCCACCAACCCCCCAAGUUAUCCUUACAUUAGACCUUGAGGGAGCUUCCUCCGGCCCAGUUUUCUCGCCAAAUGGAUUUUCGCUAGUCUUUUUGUCGAUGAAGGAGCACGCUUAUGAGGCUGAUAAGAACCGCAUCAUGUUUGUAGCAGACAUUACGAAAUCCGUGACUAGUGAGGAGUUUUAUGUAACCCCAGAUGGAAAUGGAGGUUGGGAUCGUUCCCCUAUAUCAGUGACCUGGAGCGUCGACGGAAAAUAUUUAUACCUCCCCGCUGAUGACUUCGGCCGUUCUCGUCUAUUCAGCGUCGCCGCCGACCCUAAACUCAAGGAACUUCCCCAGAUCAUCUUCGCCGAAGGCUGGGUUGACCGUGCCUACCCUGUGAUCGACGGACGGAUCCUCGUCUCAAGCGAAAGCUUGCUCGAUAACUCUAUCUACUCGUGGGUCGAUCCAGUAAUUUCGGGGAGCAAGAAUGCUACCGAGGGAGUCACUCUUAUUGACGCGAAUUUGAAGUAUGGCGCUGAGUGGGGAUUGAGCAGGAGUCAGAUAUCCGAGUUCUGGUAUAAGGGCGAGGGGGAUUAUCAAGUUCAUUCUUGGGUUGUUAGACCUUCGUUCUAUAAGGAGGGCGAAAAAUACCCGCUGUUUUUUUAUGUGCAUGGGGGGCCGCAGUCAGCUAAUACUGAUUGGUGGUCUUAUAGAUGGGUAAGUUCAGCUCCGUAUACUUUUCUUGUCUUGAGCGGAGACAAGAGUAGAGGUCAUCUUUUCAAACCACCUAAAUAAACAAAGCUAACAACCCUUCAGAACUUGGCCCUUUGGGCCGAACAAGGUUACAUAGUCGUAGCACCUAACCCCACAGGCUCUACAGGCUUCGGCAAGUCCUUCACAGACGCUGUGCAAAACGAAUGGGGCGGCAGGCCCUAUAGAGACCUCGAACUCGCCAUCACCCACAUUGAAGCAAGCAUGCCCGAAAUUGACGUCGCUAACGCUGUCCAAGUCGGCUCAUCGUACGGCGGCUACAUGACCUACUGGAUCUCGGGACAACCCUUAGGCAAGAAAUUCAAAGCGCAGCUCGUACAAGAUGGAACUUUCAAUACUGUGCAGUUUUAUGCUACAGAUGAGUUGUGGUAUAUUCAGCACGAUUUUAACGGGACGCUCUGGGACAACUAUGAUAACUACGAUCGAUGGAAUCCUGCGAGGUUUACUAAGGAGUGGAUGACGCCGAUGUUGAUUGUGCAUAGCGAUUUGGACUACCGUACUCCCGUGACUGAUGGCUUGGCCGCGUUCAAUGUACUCCAGAGUAAGGGUAUUCCGAGCAUAUUUCUGAAUUAUCCGGAUGAAGGACAUAAUAUUCGGAAUGCGGAGAACUCGUUGAUCUUUCAUAAGACUAUGUUUGAUUGGCUUAAUGGGUAUGUUGGGUUACCGAGGUAUAGUGAUGAGGGGGAUCUGGCGUAUAGAGCCACUUUGCAGAAUGGACCGUGGAUUUUGAAUGGGAAGUAGAGUAAUGAGAUUAGACGUGGCUAUAGAGUUCAAUUGGGAAGCUCUAAAUAUAUAGCUACUUGCCAGACAGCAAGGUCAAAAUGAUGCUG